AUGGGAAGCAUUAGUUUAUUGGUCAUGCAUUCUGGGAGGUGGAACAAUGAAAAUUGCUAUGUUGAUUACAGUACCGAAGCAAUUGUGUUAAAAGAGUAUGCGACAUUUAGAGAACUAAUGGAUCUUGUAUCAAAGCAAAUUUGUGUUGACUUGAGCUUCAACAUUGUGAAACUUAAAUAUAAGAUAGAGGGUAGUACUGCACCUCUGGAAAUACACAACGACAUGGGCGUGAGAGUGUAUGUGUCGUUGAAAAAAGAUAACAAAGAAUUGUCAAAGUAUCCUAUAUGUGUAUCCGUAUUUGUGAAUGACUGUCAAUUAGCUGAUAGAAAUAUGUUUGAAGAUGGAUUCGAAAUGUGUGGGCCUGGUGGAAUAGAUAUAGUUGAUACAGAAUCAUUAGUGCUUAGUGUGCCGAACAAUAGCGAUAACGUGAAUUGCGACAUUAUUACAAACGUCAAACAUAAGGUAGUGUUGGAAGAUCAAGUUUAUAAGGACAAGGGAACUUUAAAGGCUGUGAUGACGCAAUACGCUAUUGAUCAUAGAUUCCAAUGGAAAACGGACAGAUCGAGUCAAACAUGUUAUACACUUGUUUGUGUCUCUGAUAAUUGUGGGUGGGUGUUGAAGUCGUCAAGUAUCAAUAAAUCUGGAAUGUUCAGAAUUAGAAAAUUCGUAGAUGAUCACACGUGUCCAUUGAAAGAUAAGGUUUAUGAACAACGUCAAGCAACAAGCAGUCUUAUUGGAGGUAUGAUACAACCCAAGUUAGUUGAUCAUAAAAGGAAGUUGACGCCGAAGGAUAUACAACAAGAUGUCAGCUUAGCUCUUGGAGUAAAUGUAUCAUACUCAGUGGCGUGGAAUGCUAAAGAAAAGGCUUUAGUUUCUUUAAGGGGUACCCCAUCUGGUUCUUAUGGUAAACUUGCGAGCUACUUAUACGUAUUGGACGCUACCUACCCUGGAUCUCAUAUAAGGAUGAAGAAAACCGAUGAAAAUCAAUUUCUUUAUCUUUUUAUUUCGCUCUUCCCGUUCAUAAAAGGUUUUGAGUUUUGUAAACCAAUUGUCGUAGUUGAUGGCAGCCACCUCAGGGGUACUUACAAUGGAGUAUUUGUUUCUGCAAGUACUGUUGAUGGAGCAGCAAAUAUAUUGCCGCUAGCAUAUGGAAUUAUUGAUUCUGAAAAUGAUGCAUCCUGGACUUGGUUUUUUGAACAGUUUAGAGAAGCGCAUGGCGUUAAAUAUAACAUGUGCGUUGUGUCUGAUCGAAACGAAAGUAUUAUAAAGGCGGUUUCGAGGGUAUUUGAUGGAGUUCCUCAUUAUGCCUGUAUUUGGCAUUUGUGGAAAAAUUUGAAAACACUAUUUAAAAGGUCGCACAACCGUCUGUCGGAAGUUUUUUAUGGGAUGGCAAAGGCAUACAAACAAUCUGAAUUUGAUGAACUGAUGGAAAAGGUUGAACAAGUUGAUGUUCGUGUAAAAAAUUACUUGGAAUCAGCAGCAAGGGAAUUACCGGUAUACGAUUUUCUUGAGGAAGUAAGACAGAUGUUUGCAAGAUGGAAUUUGAAAAAUCAUACGUCUGCUUCGCAUACAUUCACCACACUUUGUGGUAGACCACAAGAGAUGCUUGUUGCUAAUGAAGAAGCAUCAUUACGUAUGAAGGUUGUGCAGUCAAAUAACUAUGUGUUUAGUGUUCAUCACGAAGGUAGAACCAACAUUGUUUGUUUGGAAAAUAAAACGUGUACUUGCAAGAGGUUUCAAAUAGAUGAAAUACCAUGUUCGCAUGCUUGGGCUGUUUUAAAGAAGAAACAUUUUGAUGUUGGGCCUUAUUGUUCCGACGUGUACAAGCCAAGUAACUUGUUGAAUACAUAUAGCAUUUCAAUUCGUCCGUUACCUGAUCAAAACGAGUGGAAUGUACCUGGAUAUAUUAAGGACCAGAUAGUGCAGCCUCCAAAUCACAAAAAGCUCCCUGGAAGGCCAUCCAAAAAGUAUCGUGACAAGACGUAUAGCGAGCUAUAUGGUAAGAAGAGAAAGAAUUCUUGCAGUACGUGUGGGUUUAAAGGGCACAAUAGGCGUUCAUGUAGGAAUGGACCGCGUAUUGUAUAG